GACAUUACGUGCCGUGUCGGUUUACGGCAACAUGGCAGCCCGCUGCCCUGAGCUGAGAUCCUGUCGGCUCUGACCGUCACAAUCCGAAACCUCAACAUGAAAACAAGGACGGACUGCAGGAGCCCCGCAGGUCGGUAACGCAGGGCUCGUGAAGAUGAUGACGAUGUGUUUGCGGAGGAUUCCCGCGCCGCUGUGCCGCAACGCCGCGAGUGUUCGCUGUGCGGUGUCCACGCGCGGUGCGGCUGUGUGCUGGCUCGAGCCUGCGUCAUGGCGGCACAGACACACACCUGUCAGCGAGGGCGCGAGGUUGAAGCUGUCACCGGUGAGCGGCUCGUGGCAGCUCAGACUCAAAGGGACAGACAGCCGUGUCGCGUGCUGGACCGGGAUCCUCCAGCAGGUGAAAGCGACACCUUGGCACGCGCAAGGGACCGUGCCGCCGGUGUACCCGGGAGGUCACGAGAGGUCGGUGACCAGUUUCCGGUCCGCGCUGUCACCCGCAGCUCGUGGGCUCUGCAGCGGAAAGACCGAGGAGACACCGGGAAGCACCGGGGCGGGGGACCGGAAUGAAGCCAGUCCGGUACCGGGCCAGGGGCUGUUCAAGUUCAAAGAGCUGUAUGAGAACCCGUGGACGAUCCCCAACUUCCUGUGUGUGUGUCGGAUUGUGUUGGCUCCGUUCCUGGGUCACCUGAUCAUCCAGCAGCACUUUCACCUCAGUCUCGCUCUGUUUAUACUGGCUGGAGCGACUGACCUGCUGGAUGGUUUCAUCGCCAGGACGUGGCCCACUCAGAAGUCGGCGUUGGGCAGCGCUCUCGACCCAUUGGCUGAUAAGAUUCUCAUCAGUGUUUUAUAUGUCAGUCUCACCUAUGCUGAGCUUAUACCAGCUCCAUUGACGGCUCUAGUGAUUUUCAGAGACAUUGGUUUGAUAGCUGCUGUCUUCUGGGUCAGAUAUAAGACUGUACCUCCACCGGUGACCCUCAGUAAGUUUUUUAACCCCUGCUACACCACAGCACAGCUCAAGCCCACGCUCUUCAGCAAGGUGAACACGGCCAUCCAGCUCUUUCUGGUUGCAUCUUCUCUGGCUGCUCCAGUCUUCCAGUAUACAGACCACGUCCUGCUGCAGUGUUUAUGGUAUGUAACAGCCGUGACCACAACGGCGACCGGCUACAGCUACUGGCACUACGGCCGCAAGACUGUCAAGGUGCUAAACACCAGAUCACCAUGACAACCACACCAGGAAGCAUCAGGAAACAACGGAACAAAAGCAACGAACAGGCGCCGGAGACGCUCAUCAGCCGUGGAAGAAGUCGCACCAGACAGCUGGACGAUCGCCAGGAGCUCUGAGACCAAGUCGCCGCGACAACCAUUUAUGAGUCGCCAUGGCAAUGACGCACGGAAACCAACCGAGGGCCGCAGAUGGUUUACUGAGACACUACGGCGCACAGCAGCUCUGCCUCUCUGGACUGGUGGUGGACGAGAGACACGCGCACACAGAUAGAUAUAGACCGCCCACACACACACACACACACACACACACACACACACACACACACACACACACACACACACACAGACAUUAACACUCGAACAUAUGUGUCAAGUACAUGUACAAGUGAUCUGGCAAGAGCUUCUAUUUUUUAGUUUUUCAGUCAGGAGGUGGUGAAGUCGACCUGAUCAUGAUUGUUAAUUUUGUAAACCAGUGAUUUAUGAUUAAAAAAGAAAAUCUGCUCUGUUU